AUGGCGCUGCGGCUCGAUGAGCCAGACAAAAAGGAUGACUUGAAAUAUCAUCUCAAGCGGCUCCGUAAGAGGAACUCCGGCCGCAAGUAUUUUAUCCCCGAAACGGCCUUCCUGUCUUUAAUGUCGGAAGAGGCGAUUCGACAAGCACUGGCAGAGUCCGCGAUCCCACAACACCACUGGGAAGAAAUCGCGCCGAGAAUUGUCCAAUAUGGCAAAAAGAUAUUUAGCAUCCUAGUCUUAUUGGACCACACCGCGCUUGUCAACAAUUUCAUCGAGGCAGAUCAAUUUGAAGAUGCAAAGCUCCCAUUCAAGAUCGAAACCCUCACAGACGACAUCAACCUCCAGGAAGAAGAAGCACAGGACUUUGAAGAGAGACAGUGGGAACUGCUGGCUCCCACUUUCUGCCGCGGUACACUACAUCGGCGCUUGGGCGAGGGCGCAAUCCUUCCUUUUCUGUCGGACCGCCGGAUCGGGGGAGGCGCCUUUGGGACAGUAUACGAGGUUGCACUCGACGUGACUCACCAACCACUAGAUCGAGCAUUUCCAGAGAAUGUAGGUACUGUAUCGAUGCAUGACUCGUCGGCUUGUCCUUGGCUAACCAUGAUCAAGUUUGCACGAAAGGAGUUUCAAAUAUCAGAUGACCACCAUAAAGAGCUCGAAAAUCUUGCCAUACUCAAUCAUCUCAAGCAUCCCAACAUUGUCGAGUUGUUGAGCUCUUAUACUCACAACGACAAACAUAACCUCCUUUUUCCGCUGGCAAAGUCUGGAAGUCUUGCCAAUCUCCUGAAAGCGGAACGCAGUGAUACUGCGUUCGCCUCGGAUGAGUCCAUGGUGUUUGCGCUUGCUGCGCUUACUUCGGCGGUGCACCACGUACACGAUUUUUUCGAGAGCAAGAUGAAUCUGCGGUUCAUUGGAUGUCACCACGAUCUGCGGCCGCGCAAUAUUCUCAUCUCUGACGGGACCUUUAUCUUGGCUGAUUUCGGACUUUCCACAUUUAAACAAACCACCCGGAACUCGGCGACUCCUUUCAAGCCUGUUACUGACGACUAUCUGGCUCCCGAGUGCGAGGACUGGGACAAUGGCUUCCAGGGAGGUACAGUGACGAGAUCGAGCGACAUUUGGUCGCUGGGCUGUAUCAUUGCAGAGGUUGCGACCUACAUGGCCUUUGGUCACCAGGGAGUGGCGCAGUUUGUACAGGUCAGGGAACACAAGGUAGGAGCCUGGACGCUUUCCCAGUUCCAUCACGGCCCCAAGCAAUUGAGCGCGGGCGUUGAAAGCUGGUUGGAGAAAGUACAACAGUCCUCAUCUGUUGCUAGCACUCUGAUGGCGUCCAUUGCAAGAAAGGCGUUGUGUUUGGAUCCAGCCGAUCGACCCAAAGCUGCAGAAUUGUGUGCUCGAAUACGCCUGGCCGCAUUGUACAUGGCCGGCCUUUCCAUCGACGACUUGUUCAAACGCAUCAUGAGUGGCAAUGUUUCAUUAGACAUGUUUCUUGAACAGGCGAGAUUCAACUCGUGGAGAUACGCCAUGACUAUUGACUGCCCUGAAAUGGACGUCGUGACACUUUCCAGCGCUACCCUUGUGGUGUUGCAAAAGUUUGAUGCUGCGUUGAAUUGUUUGACUCGACUUCGCGACGAUCUGGACUCGCGGCUAUCACGAGGUCAAGAUACACAACGCCUGGACCUGUCACUGCUGACCCAACUGAACGAUGAGCUCAUGUACUUUCUCGGUCAAGAACAGAAAGAUACUUCGCAACGAUACUUCAGCAUCACUCUUAUGGAAAACAAUGACGGGCUGUUUGACAAGGUCACCGACUCGAAUAGUGGCUUGACCCUCGACUACGAGAUACGAAUGAGAUCAAAUAUCAAACAUAUCAGUCAGCUCUUUGCAGGUGGUGCCGGUACAGAGUCUCGUGCGCUGCAGGUGGAUGCCAGUAAACUACAGAUAAGCGGCACGUUUGGAGAGCACAACCUGGGAGUUUUUACUGAGGGCGAGUCGACGCGCCCGAUAUGGAUCGAGUGGCGAAAAUAUGCACAACAUGGGUCAGAUGAACACGUCAUGGAACAGCUCUUUGGGCGUGCAGCCAGAUUGACGGAGCUCUUUGCGCAAGAACGGCCCAAGACUUUUCGGACGCUCAGGGCUACUGGCUUUUUCCACGAGGCGAGCAGAGGGGCUUUUGGUGUCGUUUUCGACACACCUACAAGUUCACCUACCACCGGUUCUCUAGACAGAGUCAGCCUGCAAAAGAUGAUAGAAAAGACUGCGAGUAAAACGAGCCUGUGGCCCGACCUUGAUGACAGGUUCGCACUUGCUUCUGCAGUCGCCGGCGCAAUACUGGAGUUCCAUACCGUGGGAUGGGUCCACAAAGCCAUCACGCCAUCCAACAUUGUAUUCUUUCCGAAAGCUAAUGCCGGACAUGAAGGCAUCAUCCGGGAGCCUUUUCUCGUCGGGUUCGACCACAGCCGACCCGACGACCCCUUGUCGUUCACUUCCGGCAUGGCAGAGUCGGCCGCACGUCACUACACGCAUCCGGCAUACCUCAAACAGCGCUUCGGAUACCAAGCCCAGUUUGAUUAUUAUAGUCUGGGCAUGAUAUUGCUCGAGAUUGGGUUCUGGUCUCCGCUGGCCAAGAUCACACAUGGCUGGACGGGAUCUUUCGAGGACAGGCGCAAGAAGCUUCUUGCUGACCGAGUACCUCGUCUGAGACAACAUAUGGGAAAAGCAUAUUUUGAAGCCGUAAGAGACUGUAUCGAGUGCGAUUUCGGCGCUGAAAGCCUCAAGGGUAAUGAUACCGUGUCUUCGAGGGAGACGUUACUACAGUUUGAAAAGCGCGUUGUUGGGCGACUACAAAGGCCAUUUUCGGGAAUUUGA